UUGUCUCUCCCUCAUCGCUCCGCUGGUAUCCUGCGUCGAGCUUGCAUUCAUUCACUACCACUACCACUGCCACUCAUCACGCUCUCUCACUCACUCUUGUCAACACUGCCUGGAGCAGACGCCUAGCACGUAAACUCAUUACCUUUGACGACCACACAUCCUCACUCUCUUUCCGCUCACCAUGCACAACGAAGUCGCAGCAGCAGCAUCCUACCUCUCCUCUCUCCUCCUCAUCCCUAACCACGCAACACCACCACCCACCGCCUCACUGGACGCCUUCAAGGCAACUGUGUGCGACGCUCUCUGCUCCGCCUACUCCAACAAAUGGCACGCUCAGGAUCCGGAGAAGGGCAGCGGCGCUCGUGCUCUUCACUGGCAGCCCGGACCGGGAGGUGAAGGCUGCUCGCUCCUUGUCACCGCAGCCUGCAAGCGCCAUGGUCUCACGGUCGCAGCUGGCCAGCAAUGGACGCUCUGGGUCGACCCUUCAUGCGUAGCUCUGCGCCUUGGGCCCGGACCUGGACGCAACGGAGCUGCCAAUCUCAUUGGCGGCGCCUCAGCAUCCGAGGGAUUCAAGGUCAUCUACGGCUCGCUUCCUCUCCCCAAGACCGCUGCCGGCUACUCGCACGUCACCGUCAACACGAGCCCUACAGUAAGCUUCGCCCGCGCGACUUCCAGGGCGGCGAUCAUCUCUCGCCCUCUCCCUGCCACGAACCGCGUGCCAUCCGUCACUGUAUCCCCAUCGACGCCUGCCCUGGACCGAGUGGCAGACUCGGCUGACGUCACGCCAGUCGUACCGUGGAACGCACAAUUUGCCCUCGGCCACCACCUUGGUAUUCGUCGCGCGCGUCGCUCGUCGUCUGCCUCUACGUCGAGCUCGGCCACCAGCAGCAACAGUAGUUCGCGCGACUCGCUCGCAUCAGGCGGGCGCCAGUCACUUGAAGCCUCCUCCUCCAUCGGCACCUCCCUCCCUGCCAGCUCGCCGCCCGCUACAUGGGACAAGCUGGACAACGAGGCAAGCGCAGACGCAGACGAGAAGAACAACAGUGUAGCUCUCUCGCCAGCCUCAUCCACGCCACUCAGUUUGAAGAACGUCGACCUGCUUGGCCUCGGCCUCGAGGACUGCGGGCUGGACGAAGCGGACGCCAUUGCACCCGAAGAUGCCGUCAGCGUCGCCGACGUUGAGCAGGACGACGAAGAGCGCGACGGCGAAGGCGAUGACACGAUUCGUUCUCUCAACGAGGCGGACGAGACAAUCUGCCCUGCCGGUACGGAAGAGAAGAUCACCGCAGCCGCGAUCGCUUCGCUACCCGUUGCUACAAAUGUGCAACAGCGCCCUCGUGUGCAGCACUCGCGCUCCUCCUCGACCGUUUCCAGCGCCAGCUCCAGUGUCACCUCAUUCGACAACGGUAAUGUCGGCGUCCUCGGCGGGGGUGUUAAGCUCGGUGGCGCCUCGACUGCUUCGUCCUCUGGCGCCAGUGGCAACCGACGUAGCCGUGCCAUGAGUGGUGCUUCGAGCAUGUCAAGCUCAUCGCGCUCCGCCAGGCAGACGCAGCAUAGCAGAACAUUGUCCCGUACGGGAGGAUGGGCAGCCCAGCAGCAGCAGCAGGUUCAGCAGCAGGCAUAUUUCCAGCAUCAGCAGCCCGCGGUCAAUGCACUCGGAAUGGCCAACAUGAUCCAGCAGCCGUACCAACAUUCUCAACCUCAAGUGUUCGAAUUUGCCCCAGUCCCGCAGCAAAGCCACGCCUCGGUGAACGCAUACCCCUCUGCUCCUCCCCUCGAGAAGGUUGGGCUCCUCAAGCGCCGUGAAGCCGGCCCGCUCACCGUCGUUGUAGAUGAAGUCGACUCUGCGCCAGCGCUCUUGGACAAGCCCAACGACACCGGCAAGCUCGGCUCUCUCAGCCCUCUCAGCCCUACUACCUCACUUCCAUUGGCAUCUCCAGCUCUCUCCUCCUGCACCUCCUCAUCAUUCCGGACUGAGGACGGCGAAGAAGACGAUGACGAAGAGGGAGAGGAAGAGGAGGAGGGUGACUCUGAUGACAAGGAGAAUGCUGGCAAGCCCCGCCGUACCCGCACCCGAGGACGCCGCUCCCGCGGUCGUGGGGCAGGCCGAGCAGCCCGUCGUGCUGCUGCUGCCGCCGCCGCCGCUGCCGCUACGGCUGCUUGCCUUCCUCCAGGAGUCGCCGCGUUGCCAACGCCUCCGAUGCCUUCCACUUCUCCCUUGCCGCCCUCAAUGGCGUGGGGAAAGCCGGGCAUGAUCAGGGACAGCCCUCACCUUCAGCAAUUCGGGCGAAUGAGUCCCAUGGUAGGACAGCAGCAGCACUUUACCCCACCCAUGCACCAGCACGCUAUCCCUGCUCGACCCUCGUACGGUCUUCCGCCUCCUCAACAAUACCAGCAACCGCACUUUGUGCCUCGCCCGCACAUGCAUCACGCACCGGCCCUUCCUUCGCCCCUCAUGAACAGCAAUGCUCCUCAUACCCGCCCCGCCCCCGCCGCUGGAGGCUGGUGGUAACGGUGACGCCAGGGAGUGCUGCCUCUUUGCGCACGCCUCUCACUUCGCUCCCGUGAUAUCAUCCAUCGCUCAGUACAUCUUGCAUCCCCUUCGCCAUACGACUCGUGCUUUGACUUC